AUGACCGAGGCGCCGCCCCUGGCAUUUGCCAGCGCUGCGAGCACAAGCCCGGUAACCAGCCUCGACCCUGGGACCGGUCCCGGCAGCACCGACCAGCCCCGGCCGGCGCACACCCUUGUCCUUCUUCGCCAUGGUGAAUCCGUUUGGAAUCUGGCCAAUCGCUUUACCGGAUGGACCGAUGUGGACUUAACUGAUCAGGGCCGGCGCCAGGCAGCACUCGGGGGAGCUCUGCUGAGCGCUCACGGCUUUCGUAUAGACCUUGCGUUUACUUCGGUGCUCAAGCGAGCUGUUCGCACACUGCACAUUUUGGAGGAUACCAUGGACGCGCUGCACAUCCCCGAAGUAAAGAGCUGGCGUCUAAAUGAGCGACACUACGGAGCGCUGCAAGGGCUGAACAAGGCCGAGACAGCUGCUAAGCACGGGGCAGAGCAGGUAGACCGGUGGCUGGGCAGGGAUGGUGGGAGGGUCCACAUCUGGCGCCGCAGCUACGCCACCCGGCCCCCCCCUCUGGAGCCCAAUGACCCUCGCCACCCACGCUUCGACGGCCGGUACUGGGAGCUGGACGAGCAGGACCUGCCUGCCACGGAGAGCCUUAAGGACACUGUCGCCCGGACCCUGCCUUUCUGGUACAGCGACAUCGCCCCCGCUGUGAGCCGGGGCCGCCGAGUGCUGGUGGUAGCCCACGGCAACAGCCUCAGGGGCAUCAUCAAAAACCUGGACCAAAUUAGUGACGAGGUAAUGUGUGUAUGUACGCAUGCGUUUAAUAGCAAGCCCCCCCCACGGCAUUCGCGCGAACUUUCGUGUCUGUGUACGAACAUGCAGGACAUUAUGGCGCUGGAGGUUCCAGUGGGAGUACCCCUGGUGUACGAACUGGACGAGCAUCUGCAGCCGCUGCGGCAUUACUACCUAGGGCUGGACCUGGUGGCAGCACCGCCGCUGGACGUGACCGUGCUUCCGUUGCAUAUGCCGUUGCCAGCGGCUCGCGUGUCAGGGGCCCCCAGUAGUUCCAACCCUGCCGCCGCCACGGCGCCGGCGGGGCUGCUGGCUUCCACGACCGCGGAGGCCAGCUCCGAAGAUGGCGAGGCGCAGAUGCAGGCACUGCUGAAGGCACUGGCAUCCUGUGGCGCUACCACCCGAGACCACAUUCACAACGCCGCCACCUGCACUGCAUUGGCCGGCAACCUGGCGGACGCGGAGGACCUGCUGCUCAGAGGCUCCCUGGCGGCGGCCAAGUACAUCUUCGGGUAUGUUCCCGCAGACGCAGUUGCAGCGGCGACGGCGCCAGUCGUACUGGCCCCGGGGGGUCCGGCGGCACAUGACGAGGCCUUGGCAAGUACCGCCUCCGGCGUGGCGGAGGAGAAGGGAUCUGGGUUGGGCAGCAGCCGGGUGGCGGCGUCGGUGUCGACGUACGGCAGGGAGGAGGCGGAGGCGCGGUGCUUGAGACCGUGUAAGAGGGUGGCGUCGUUGCUGGAUCCGGAGCGGCAUGUGGUAGUGGCGAUGCCUGCAGCGACAGCGGCAGAAGAUGAUGGACGCAUGACGGCGGCGCGCUUGGCGGUGGCGAUUGUGGCGGUUGUGGGGGUGGACAAGAAGAUUGUGCUGGCGAUUCCGCGCGGCGGCGGCCGUGGUGGAAGAAAGGGGAGUGCGGAUGCGGGGCCGGGGAUGUCGGGCUGCUCCUGCCCUGAGGCGUGGUUCGGCGGGGGCUGCGUGUGGGCCUGUGGGAUGGCGGAUGCAAGGGAUGCGCAGGUGAUAGCGGAGGCACUGACCUGCGCCACACGCAGCGUGUGGGAGUCAUCAUUAAGUAAGAUCUAA